GCAGCAAAUGAAUUCUAGCUGCAGAACUAGAACCCAGAUUUUACUGAGAAGAAAUAUUACAAAUAUCUUGGGCUGUACGCUGGCACUGUGGGAUACGGGAGCCUGACACCCACCUAUCAGCCUACUUGGCCAGCCAGCCCAACCGUACACUCAGUCCCACACAGAGACGUGACUCACACACACAACACACACACAUGAACGCUGAGGAUCUGUGAGCUGCAAUGACAUUUCUCUCCGUGUGAUAGCCAUGCUGGAGAACGCUGGGAUAUGCGGCAGUAUUGGGGAAGGAUGGAACGCCUGUGCACGACACGGACAGCUGCAGGGCUGAGGAUUCGGCGGGCCCCAUAACAGGAGAUGAGAAGAGAGUCUGCAAAGUGCCAUUAAGUCACAUCGACCACCUUCGCCUGUGCUGCCAUGGCAAAACUAGAGUCCAGACCUGUCCUUAGUGACCCAGCGUACCAGAGCCAGGAGUCCUUCCACUCGUUCACCAGCCGGUCUUCCGCUGACAUUCCCUCCCAGGGCACUAUGGGCAGCGUAGGCAGUGGAGUGGCCAAUGACCAAGAGUUUGCCAUGAAGAGCGUGGGAACCAGGACUCAAAACAGCCUAAAGCAGAACGACAGCUUCAGAAAUGGCUACUCAAACCGGUACUCGGGGGAAGAGAAGGCCUACAAGUCGGAGAAAAACUCCAUGUACAUAAAUGGGGAACAGCGCAAGAGCGAAAAGAGCAAUGAACCUUUGGUAAGACCCUCUGCUUUUAAGCCGGUGGUUCCUAAGAAUUUUCAUUCCAUGCAAAACCUAUGUCCACCAGGGAACAAUGCAGUCACUGAGAACCGGAAAUGCUCUGGUCACGGAAACAGCACCAGUCCUGCUGCCUUGAAGAGCAGUUUGGAGAAGACCAGCCAUAACAGGUCUUCCAACCAAGUGGGAGGCCUGUCAGAUUCUGGUCGUAAUUCGCUGACAAGCUUACCAACUUAUGGGACUGGCUACAGCCAGCAUGUUGGCCCAAUGAGUGCGUCAACAAGCCAUAUAAAUCGUAUCGGAACUACCUAUGUAGAAAAGAACAUAGUAGGUUACAAUGGAAUUUCUACCUCAGAUAGUGGACGAUCUUCCAGCAAGAGUACUUCCUCUUUCAGCAGACUGAACCAUCUCAAUGAGACCAUACCUUUCCACUCACCCUCGAGUGAUGACAUUAUACAAGACCUAGAGGAUCGGCUUUGGGAAAAGGAACAAGAGGUGAUACAGAUGAAGAGGAACUUGGACAAAAGUGAAGCUGCCAUCUUCCAGGUCUUUGAAGAGAAGCAGAAAAUCUGGGAGCGUGAAAUGGAAGACUUAAGACAGAAUUACGCCAACAAGCUGCAGCAAGUGUCGAAGAAAGCACAACGUGCCCAGCAGGCUUUACAGCUUCAGAUCUUCAAGCUGCAGCAAGAAAAGAAAAAGUUCCAAGACGACGUUGGCCAGUUGCUUCAGGAAAGGGAGGAACUGGAGAAGAAGUGCCUGGUCUUCAAGAAGGAGCAGUCUGAGUUCCUUCCAAAGAUUGAGGAAACCAAGUGGGAGGUGUGUCAGAAAGCUGGUGAGAUAUCUCUACUCAAGCAGCAGUUGAAAGAUUCCCAGGCAGAUAUCUCUCAGAAACUCAAUGAGAUAGUUGGCCAAAGAACACAGUUGAAAGAAGCCAAGUCCUUAUUGAGGGAGAAGGAGGAGCAAAUUGCCUCCAUCAAAGAUUCAUACAGCUCAAAGAGCGUCAGCCUGGAGAUCUGUGAGAGCGAGAUGCAGAGGAAGCAAAGUGAAGCUCAACAAAUGAAGGAGAAGCUUGGCCAAUGUGAGCAGGAGAUAGCAGGCUUAAAGGAGACCUUGUCCAACCUGGGCCAGAACCCAUACAGUGUAGAACUCAAUGAGAAACUGAGGGACACCCUGGCCUGUGAGAGUGAUGAGGCCAAGAUGAAGCGCCAAAAUGAGGACAAUGUGGUGACCUUGAAGAAAGAUAUAGAGAAACUCCAGCUGGACUUAGCUCUAGAGAAGCAAGAAAGGGACCAGCAGGUGUUAGACUUUGAGGAAGAAAGACGCACAUGGCAAGAAGAAAAGGAAAAAGUGAUAAAAUAUCAGAAGCAGCUGCAGCUUAAUUAUGUGGAGAUGUAUCAAAAAAACCAACAACUGGAGCAGAGGAUCAAUGAGAUAACCACAAAGGUCACAACACCCCCAGCAGAAGAUAAGAAGCCUUGGACACCAUCCAGGUUGGAGAGGAUAGAGUCCACCGAAAUAUGAGGACAGUUGUCCAAGCGUACACAGAUAGUCUUUCACUGUGCAUGUCCUAUCUACUCCGGCCCAUAGUCAUAAGGUUAAAAGACCUCAUAGAGUUCUGAAAGAACCUUUGACUAUAAUAACCCCAUUGUAGACCCUUCAGUACAGAGAAGGUGUCUCAGGAGAAGAACAACUGCUUGCUGUAAUUUAACUGUGGAUGAAACAUUUAUGGUAUACGGUCUGCUAUGCCGCAAGUGAUGCUAUAUGUCUGUUUUCCCUUACUGCACCUCCCCCUGCCUGCAGGGUCAAGAGUGUAUUAUAUAGUUAUAAUAUAUUGCUGGUUCCAGUGCAGUCCAAGGGGAGGUGCAGUUCUGUGACUAUUACUGGUCCUUAAUCCUUUAGGACUCUUUAAGAAAGGUCAAAGUGACUUGGAUAUUGAGUUAUUUUAGCCAUAUUGGCUAGCAAUGGAAGUUCUGCUGUGCAGUGAAAUCUAGCGAUCUACCUAUUAUAAACUUCCCACAGUUCUAGACACUGUUUACUGUGAAUUAUCCCAACAUUUUAGAGGGAUGGUAGAAAAUGUAUUUUAUAUUAACAACUAGGGAUUUCCAAUAGUAGAAGAAAACAAUUUUAUUUGCCAAUACACACUUCUAUUUACACAUGCUUUCUUUUGACAGUCUUCAUAUAACUGCUGCAAUUAAGCAGUAGUAUAGGAAUCGAACACCAGGAUCCUGACCGGAUUCCGUAGUAUAAUGUUACAUUUCUGUAUUGAGUUUAAUGCUGAUGUCAUGAAUUGAUAUAGUGAACAUCUGGAGCAGUCUUACUGUAUAUUAAAAUCUGGGCAAGACUGUUUAAGCAGAUAAGAUAUCUGGUUCUGUACCUUCCAAUACAAGUCUUGAUUGAUCCUACUCAAGGGCAUAAGUAGCUAUUUGUGGACACCAUGUGCUCAAAGCACAUACUUUCUCACCUUCUCUGGUUUACUGAAGAUCCCUCUACUGGGCAUACUGUGGCUGCUGUUAAACUAACUAAGAGCAAGCAAAUUGCUAAGCAAUCCUAUCCUUGGCCAGAUCACUAGAGGGAGCUUCAGUAAGCCAGGGGAGAUCAGAAGGUGACUGCAUUCCUAGGUGGCAACCUACUGUUACCGUAGUACUUCCACCCUUGAUACUACUAUACGCUAAUCCCACUUCACUAAGGCUUGGCACAGUUAUCAAGUAUAUGAUUGUGAAACUUAAUUGCACUAAGAAGAAACGCGUUAGUGCUACAUUCAUUGUUACAACAUAAAUAAAAAGUUUAGAGAGUACUUUAAGAGAAUAACAUUAAUUAACAUCAUUAAUAAAACAACAAUUACUAUAGACAGAAAAUUUGCAAGGAGAAUUAUAAUUAGUGACACUAUUCUAGGACUCGUCAGAUUUAUUAAGAUAGAAGAUUACUAUUAUUUUUAUUGGUAACAGUAUUAAUGAAAAAGAAUAGUUUGAAGGUACUGUACGCAGUGCUGGUUUAAAUAUUCUUUAUAGCGGUCAAUUUACUUAAGCAGCAUUUUUCAAUUUAAAGGGGCAAUAAUAUUAAAUAGCAUAAACGGUUUUAUGUUUAACUUUACUGUCCCUUUAAAUCUAGCGCCUGAAACUGCCAAAGUGACUGCUCACAGCAAAAUCAAUUACUGUAGGUGGAGCAACGUGAAUGAUUAAUAUAUGAUACAUUCUAAUAUAAUCGUAAGGGAAUGUUUUUGCAGCGGCUGAGAGUUUGUAUCAUAUAUUUUCUCUAUCUAAAGAGCUUGUGCCACCUGCUGUACACAGAUGAGGCUGCCGUUUUUCUGCUGAACUAACAUACUUUAGGAUGUAGUCCUAUGUGGAACCAGUGCCUCGUGGAAAUUUGCCAGGGCGAUUGAUUUCAUGGUUAUUGGUGAGCUGCCAGGCCGUGCUCCCAUGCAUAUUAGAUCAGCCCACAGAUUGCCCCCCCCCCCCCAGUGUAGUUAACAAGAUCUCUUGAAAUUUACCAGAAGACAGGAAUUACUGCUAUAGAAUGUGAAUUAUACUCGGCAAAUGUCUUCCCGACUUUGCAUUACAAAUAGCACCUGUGGGUAUUUGAUUUGCGAAUCCGAAAAGCUUCAUAAAUUCCCAUAAUUUCUCUCUGUCUCUCUAUUUAUAUAGCCUAGAACUGUCUUGGGCCCAGGUACUGCAUGAGGGGUUGUGGUCAAAUCCAGGACAUGCCCCCACACACCCAAAAAAAAAAGAAAAAGGAAAAACAGCUUUCCUGGCAGCGAAACCACACUGGAGGUGGCAGCAGUUUCACAGGGGGACCAGACGGGCCCCUCCAGCAAUCCGGCCCUAUGUAAUUAGUACCCACUCCGCCACCCCCUCUCGGCUCCGCUGUACACAUACAUAUGCUAUGCCAGUUAGCUUUAGCACAUGUAUGAAAUUUUACCACCCAUGCCCAGAAAAGUGGAAGCUCCAUUUGCACCUAUUCAGAUUUGCAUCAUUCUCACACCUAUGCCAGCUAGAACACGGAGAGACAGAAUGGGGAGGAAAUGGGUGUUCUAACAUAGACCGGGACACAGGUGCCUGAAAAAUCCAUAUUAUUUGUGGGUGGUCAAUGGCAGUUGAAAAUCGGGGGUUAUGAUGAUCACUAGUGAACCGCUUCAUGCUGAUAGGUCCUUUCAUUCAUGGCCAUGUAUAUAUUACGUAUUUAUGUGCGCGCUUAAAAUGUGUAUAUAUAUUUCUUUUUGUCAGUGAGGCGGGGCAUUAGAUAAAUAUUUUACAUUGAUUUAUAAUAAUAACAAUAAUGACAAAUCCAUAUUUUACAAACAAAACAACAUGGGCAUACAUUAUGUGUAUGUGACCUAUGCGCAGGGCUGCCAUCAGGGGGGGACCGCUGGGACUCCAGUCCCGGGCCAUGACAGGGAUAGGACCCAAAACUGUUAAUUUAAUUGCAACUGGCCACCAGCCUCCUCUGAUCCAUUCCAGGAUCCACUCGUCUUCUGACUUACUAAUGAAUCUAAGCCUUCUUAUAUGCCACUUUAUAUCAUAAGCUUUAGGAUUAUGGAGACUAUAAUUUAUAUAUAGAUUUGUAAUAUAUUUUUUUUUAUUCAUAAUGCUUACAACAUGCUAGUCACUAUUCAUUGAAUACUGUAUGUCCACUACACAGACAGUUAGUGAAAACAUGACAUUAAGGGGAACAUUUACUAAGCAGUGAUAAAAGUGGAGAAGUGAGCCAGUGGAGAUGUUGCCCAUGGCAACCAAUCGGCUGCUCUGUAUAUUUUUAAAGUAUGCAAAUUAUGAAUGUUAUGUCAAUGCUGAUUGGUUGCCAUGGGCAACUUCUCCACUGGCUCACCUCCACUUUUAUCACUGCUUAGUACAUGUCUCCCUUACAAUCAUAAUGGGUCAAAGGCACAGUAACUUGCCCUGGGGUGCCCUGGCUAUUCUGUCAGUCCUGGGCCCCGCAGUUUUUGAUGGCAGCCCUGUCUAUGCCUGGUGGAAAUAGGGCGCAUAUGCCAUUGGUGCCAGGCUUCAGGUACCCUGUGAUAGUUGCAGGUUUGCAUACACACUCAAUUGCAGCUUUUGUAGUCAACGCAAAUUACACCUGCAUUGUGGUUAUUACAGCCAUCUUUGCACCAGCCUCUGUGUCAGUAGAUUUCACCACUGUUUACACCCUGUUUAGGUUCAGUAUAUAGUUUAGAUAUUGCAGGCAGUCAGAAAACUCACCAACCGUACUGUAUAUCAGACAGUGGCCGGCUUGUAGAGAAUAGAUUGUCAUGCUUUACUGAUCAGACUGAGCGAAGAACAUUGGGAAGACUUUCUCAUCACCUCAUUAUUCUGUUACGCGCUGGAAAAACUUCCGAUGAAACUCCCAGGGAUCAAACCAAAGACAAGUGCUGUACAACUUCAGGAAUAAAUUGCAUAUUCCCUCCUUUUCAGGGAUUGACCGUCCAGUAAUCUACAGAACAUAAGAUCAGCUGGAGGCCUGCUUGCAGAGCCUCCCGUCAGAUGCUGGAUUGCUAGCAAGCGUUACACAGUGGGUAGAUAUGGAAAACAUAGCUAGAUUUUACUCCAUAAACAAUGCUGCAACGAAUCGUGUAUCUGUUUACUUAUCCAGCAUAAAGAGCGUCUUCGAUGCUCAAGACGCGUCGGUAGGAAGAAUGGAUUGGAGCAGUGACACCGCUGAUGCGCCCUACACACUGGGUGAUGGCAGCAAUUUGGACGAUAAAGGAUCCGAAUGAUGAUCGUUAUUGUCCAAAUUGUUUCGCAUUGAAAAACCUCGGGAAACCAAUGAUGAACGACCGGGUGCACGCUCAUCGUUGGUGCCUACAGACUAAACGGGUAUGGGUCGUUGGGUCGACAAAACUUAGGACAACCACUAUUGGUCGACAUGGUCAUUAGAUCGACAUGUACUACGUCGACAGGUCAAAAGGUCGACCUGAGUUUUUUUUACUUUUUUGGGGUGUUGUUUUCUUCGGAAAGUGACGGGGAACCCCAAUUAGUGCACCGUGUCCCCUCGCAUGGCUCGCUUCACUCAGCACAGGUUACCGUUCCCAAUCAUAGUCCACGUGGAUCGUAAAGUAUGAAAAGUUAAAAAAUUUAAACAAAAAUGUAAAAAACUCAUGUUGACCUUUUGAACUGUUGACCUAGUACAUGUCGACCUAAUGACCAUGUCCACCUAGUGACCCUGUCCACCUAAUGCAUGUCGACCAAUAGUGGUUGACCUAAUGACUGUCGACCUAAGUGAUGUUGACCUAAUGACCGUAUCCCCACUAAACGAUACGAACGAUAUAUUGUUCAUUUCUGAGCGAUAUCGUUCAUAUCGCCCGUCACCGUCGCCCAGUGUGUAGGGCGCAUGAGAUCAAGUUCUGGUGGAUGGCCCAAGGCAGGGGUUCCUAAACUCAGUCAUCAAGACACCCUAACAAUCCAGGUUAUAAAGAUUUCCAUGCUUAAGCUCAGGUAAUCUCAAUUAGUAUCAUGGAAUGCGGUUAGCGUCCCGGCAGUUGGAAUCCUGUCGUCGGAACACCGAUCAUCGACAUCCUGAAGGCAAGUAUCGGGGUGACUGCUAUGGUUAGGCACUAGUGGGAAGGGGUGGGGGUAGCCCUAGCCACUCGAUUGUACUAUCUGUGGUUAAGCACGGAUAUCCUUAAAACCCGGACUGUAUGGGGUAAAUUUACUAAGAUGGGAGUUCUAUUUAAGAUAGGAUGUUGCCCAUAGCAACCAGUCAGAUUCUACUUCUCAUUUAUCUAGCACCUUCUAGAACAUAAUACCUGGAAUCUGGUUGCUAUGGGCAACAUCCCAUCUUAAAUAGAACUCCCAUCUUAGUAAAUUUACCCCUUAAGGUGUCUUGAGGACCAAAUUUAGGAAACCCUGGCCCAAGGAAUGGGCUGCUCUGCCAUACUGUGUCUUAGGCCCUGUACACACCUAUUAUUGUACUUUAUCCUCACAAUGGGGGGCGAUGUAUCAAACCGUGGAGAGAGAUAAAGUGAAGAGAGAGUUGUAUCAAACAAUACGCUCUUAUCUGCUAUAUUACAGGAUGCGUUUGAAAAAGUAUACCUAUAGUAGGAGCUGAUUGGUUGGUACUUUAUCUCUCUCCACUUUAUCUCUCUACAAGAUUUGGUAUAUCUCCACCAGUGUGUCCUCGCCGCCUCCCUAGGUGUGGCAAGGUAAUGCUUGUGAGAGCUCCCAGCAAUGUUUAGACUGCCGCAAAGCAAACUGAUCAGUUCUGUGUACAGGUCUAGUCCUUUAUUUUAUUUUGGGGGCGAUCAGCAUUUAGGGGCAUUUAGUAGAUAACAUUUGUGGAACAUCUGAUUUCAAUGUCCGCGGACCACGCAUGAUGCAGACUUUCUCAUUCACCAAUCCAGUCCAUUGGGGGCAAGCAGAACGCUUGGGACGGCAGUUGGGCAACAGAAUUUACUGCCUGGUUCACCAAUUUGAUUUCCACACUAAUUUUCUGGACUCCAUUCUGGCACCAGGUUGGUUGGAUAGUCAAACUGCAUGACAUAAUUGCAACUUGUGCUGGUCAGCUUAUAGCUUGCAUGAAACCCAAGCAUAAUCAGGGCCGGAUUAAGGUAGGUAGGAGCCCAGGGCGUCUGAGGUUGUGGGGACACUUACUAUUGCAGAUAUACAGCACGCCGGAGUAUGGGGGCAUGGCUUGGUGACGAGGGGGCUUGGCCUCCAGCGCAAUGGAGAGCCACCCCCCCCCCCCUCCAUCCGGGAGUGCUGGGCAAGCCCCCGUUUUCAUCAUGCUGGGGGCUUGCCCAGCACUCCUGGAGUUGCUGGACAGCCCCAGCUUUUCCUGGAGCCUUCAGAGUCUGUAGAUGACGGGCGCAUGCCCCUGUCGCCCCCCCCCCCUUAAUCCGGCCAUGAGCACAGUGUAGGACCAUUUAUGGGUUCUCCAGGCGUAGAUACCAUGGAUAAAGGCCCUUCCUAGUUUUUGGUUUUCAGUCAGACCUGUGUCCAAACAUAACCUACAUCUGGUCCUAGUGGUGCUUUUACACUGAUAGCCAAUAUGUUUUUAUUAGUGAUAUGACAUCUCUGUGAAUUAUAUUUUCAAUAUGUUGUUAAAAAAAUUAACAUUAUUAAAUAUUUCAACAUCUUUUGUUUGAAAAACCUGCACAUUUCACAUUUUGGGAGCAAGACAUAGCAAAACUUGGAGAAAGAAAGUGUGGAGAGAGAUAAAGUACCAGUCAAUCAGAUUCUAACUAUUUUCAAACACAGCCUGUAACACGGCAGUUAGAAACUGAUUGGUACUUUAUCUCUCUUCGUUUUAUCUUUCUCCAAGCUGUAAUAAAUCUCCCCAAUUUUUGGAGCUUGGUGACUCGGAUGCUUUCUCUCUCUCUCUAUUAUAUUUCCGUGGACCAAACCUCUUCAUGGUCUGCAGAAACGGGUAUACAACAGGUGUACCUGUUGGCUCUAAAACAAAGGUAUUAAGAGUUUGUCAUAUGAAAAAAAAUUAUUUUAAUGAUCAGCCAAAUCCAAUUUUUUUAUUUUUUUUUACUAAAUAUUGACAAAUAUGUGAAAGGUUCAGGGAUAGAUUUACUAAACUUUCUAGAAAUGAAUGAUCAUAUUUUACCUACAGUAUCAUGCUCUAUUACAUUUAAAAAAGGACAGAAUCUAAUUGGUUAGCCAACACCAUCAACUUGUGCAUUUUAGAAGCUGUAGUAAAUAUACCAUCUAAUUUACAUAUUCUCACUUUGUACAUCUUAAACUAGAACUUUAGCACUGCAAUAGGGACACCAUCGCUGCAAAAUGAAAAACCAGGACUUCAAUGUGACCUGAAGUUUGAUCAGACCAUAAACCCCUCCUUAUACAUCCUUUAUGGUAUGCAGUGUUUGUCAACUCUCCCUGAUUGUAGGGGAGACUCCCUGAAGUAGUAGCAAUCUCCCUGACUCCCCAAAGAGUUUAGCAAUCUCCCUGAUUACAAUACACCCCCAUUAUGUAGCUGUUUUAUACUUGGGAAAUAAAAAGAAAUCAGAGAUAUAUACAUUCAGGUGGGGUCAUCAGUGCCAUUUCCCUGCGUUGGUUAUAAGUCACAAAUGUCUCUAUGGUUAAAUGUAUUUUCAAAUGCGGUUUCUUAUGGCAACUUAUAUAAAACCUCAUGUAAAACACAAUACACGAGCAAGCCCUGAGAAGUAUCAGUGUCUUUUCACCAACAAGUACCAUAGAUCUUACUAACUGCUUUGGGGCUGAUUUACAUUUGGAUGCAAAUUAUGUUAAUAACACGGCUCUCAGAUGUAGCUGUACACGUCUGCUCUUAUAGGUGUGACUUUCACAAUCUCCCUAAAAUUAUUUUUGAAAAGUAGGCAAGUGUGCUUUAGGGUUUUAAACAAAGGAAGUAUAGAAAGUUACCCCUCCCCCCUACUCCGAUAAGCAGCUGUCCCCAAGAGCCCUAUCGCUGACUAAUUAGUACUAGCAUAAGUUUGCAGUGCCUAGUCUGACCUGGCAGUGUUACUGUGCAUGCGUGACCUAAAUUCACGUAUGCACCCAGAGCAGGCCCAAAUUGGCGGAGAGCAGCGUGCACAAGCAGAGAGAUCCGAAUUGAUCCCUAUUCACAAUCUGUCCCUCCUUCCCACAGGAAGGAUCGGGGCUCCUGGAACCGGCGACAGUCAAACUUUGAAAACUUUCAGUUUUCAGAGUUUAAUGAAUGAAAAACAACGUAUUACUCAGGGGCGUCACUACUACGGGCUAUGGCACCCAGUGCCGCAAAAAGGCUGCUACUCACGCCAUAGGUGCGUGCCACUGAAAAGGGGUGUGGCCUAGUGGAAAGGGGGUGUAGCCUCAUGGCCUGACUCCGUUUUCAUCACUCUGGGGGCAUGCCCAGCAUCUCCCAAAAUGCUGGCUGCACCCGGACACUUGUUGGGCUACAGUGCCACCCCACGGAGGGUGACACCUGGGUGUGGUCUGCAGCCCCCCUAGUGACACCACAUUGGGGCUGUAAGGUGAGCAGGAGAGAUCGGUGCUACAGUAUCUCCUGCAUUACCUGUGUAAUGAAUAGCCUCUGUACUCGGAUUUGACAAAUGUAGGAGAAUGGGCCCCUAUACAGUAUGUUACAGCUUACCUUACUCCCACUCAUGCUCCACUAAUGCACCCUCACUCAUUUCUGCCCUCCCUACCCUUUGUCCUCCCCACUAUCUGGCUUGUGGAGUAUUGCAGGGGCUUUGUACCACACUUAUCCACCAUAAUCUUUGUUAUUACUUAAAUAGGGCCUCACCUCAAUUACCUAUUUUUAUUAUUAUUAUUUAUUUACAUUAACAUUUAGGGUGUUUCAUGGCUAAAUAAAAAAACUCAAUUCUCGUACUUACCUGCAAUAUACUGGGAGUUCCCACAUACUAUACCCUAAUUUUCUUCUGCAAUAUUGCAGGUAGCUGCUGCAGGUAAUUUCUACAGAGGGGUAACUGGUGACAAUUCUUCACUACCGUGGUUUAAAAAUGAUGCUAAAAAUAUAUAUUACAUACACAUGGAGCCACAGUUAUCACACAGUGGCUAUCCCAGUUAUUCAUAUUUGCUAAAUCCAUAAUUCUGAGGUUAUUAGAUAUACCAGAAUGCUCUGAACUCAUGUGCAAUAACUGUGGCCCCCACAGUUACACUUGCACCACUUGGGAUAACUGCUGCUCCCAAUGUAUUUAUCAUGGCACCUUCUUUCAGUCAAAUACUUGACAAAAACAAAUGAUCAAACUAAUAUUUCCUCCCAUAUAAACUAUAGAGUAAUGUGUCCACUCAAGUGCUUGCAAACCUCAACAACGAUUUUUUGGUGCGGUGCCCUUCCACACCGGACACAAAAAACCUUAUGGCCAUUUCUUGUCCCCCUCCCUUUUUUCUUAAAUCCUGUACCACUGUUAUACUGUAUGUCCUGCACACGAUAUAAAGCAUCGAGGGAGUUUGCAAUAAGGUGUGUGCGUGGUGUUGUGUGAUUGCGUGUAAAUGUGCACGCGUGUGCAUGUGCCAAGCUGCCUGAGUGUGCAUGCACAGAAAUAAGAGAGAUAUAUAAAUAGGCAAAUAACUGUAAAUAUAUAUAAUUUUAUAUGGAAAAUCUGCGACAGAGGCGCAGCGUGUUUAUGAGAGAAAAUAUAUGUGAGAAACUAUUUUCUGUUAUUUUAUUCAGUAGUUCAUGCUGUACGAACUGUUGUCUGUGAUUUACUGGUGACGAGAUGUAUUAUAAUAUCACCCAAUUUACUGCUGAAUGUUCCACUUUGAACACAAUACCGUAUGUCAUGAAACUCUUGGCGGUGUAUAUUUUAUGUAUUGCUGAUUCUAAUCGACCUGAGUUUAAAGUGCUCCUGCAACCUACACACAACGGGGGCAGACAAUUUGUAGGCUAAAGCCACGUGCCUCAGUGAUGUCAGAGGUUGCUAGGAAGCCGAUUGGCUACAUUCUCAGCGAUCAUUUGUGCCAGCCUACAAAAUGGCCGCCUCCUCUGUGAGAAAGCCAUGUCUUGCUGAUUUUACCGGUUCCUAGUGGGUGCAUAGUUCUGCAUUCUCAUGAAUGUUGGCUCGGGCUACAGAAAAAUGGCUGCCUUCAGUGUAUGUAGGCUGCAGUUGCACUUCAAAUAGAUUGAAAAGCAGAACUUUAUACAAGGAAUCCCAAGUAUGCGACAUGGUUCCCCAGAUGAAACAGAAAUGAAAUCAUGUUUGAUAUGCUGCUACAUUAUAUAAAAACAAGUGUACUUUGAUAUAAAUAGGACUAUUUCUGUAUGUACAGUACUGUAUGUACACAUAUAUGUUAGCAAUACUAACAUGGAGUGUAUGUCUCUAUAAGGAGUUACAGGAAGGUUCACAACUAGAGAUGACAGAUGAUGGUAUUAAAAUAAAGAUGACUCUUUUUGGGAAA